AUUGGAGCCAAACACUCCUUAAAUUGUGUUAUUACUCUUGUAACAUUGAAUAUUAGCCGUAAACCUAAAGAAAAGGGAGGUUCAUUGCAUUUUACUUCCCCACACGAGCUAUGUGUGUUGUGUGAUGACCUGUUUGUAGUGCGCAACACAACAAACAAAUUCCUACUACAACUUAUUGACUGGUCUUUGCUUAGUACUAUAAGAACAAAAUACAACAAAGCAAAGCGCCAAUCUCAUAGAGAGAGAGAGAGAGAGAGAGCAAAGGAAUCACAAUAAAGAAACAGUGUUUUGUGUGAGUGGGUCUCUCCUCCAAGUUCCAACCUUCAAUUUCACAGUUCAUCUUUCAUUUCCAACAAAGAAACAUGGAAGUGGGUCAGAUGCAGAGACAGUGGAUGGGCUACAUGAAAUCCUUGUUCAUGGAGGGUUUCUUGGAUGGUCAAUUUCUUCAACUUCAACAGCUGCAAGAUGAGAAUAACCCUGAAUUUGUUGUUGAAGUUGUUUCUCUUUUCUUUGAAGAUUCUGAGAGGAUUCUCAAAGAUCUGUCUUUUGCUGUGGAUCAACAAAGUGUUGACUUCAAAAAAAUUGAUGCUCAUGUUCACCAGUUUAAGGGUAGCAGUGCAAGCAUAGGCGCACAAAGGGUGAAAAAUGCAUGCAUUGCUUUUCGCAACUUUUGUGAGGAACAAAACAUAGAUGCUUGCCGUAGUUGUCUGCAGCAAGUGAAGCAAGAGUACAUACAUGUCAAGAAUAAGCUUGAAACAUUGUUGAGGCUUGAGCAGCAGAUAGUGGCAGCUGGUGGCUCAAUCCCUAUGAUGGAAUGGAACUGAGUUUCUAAGUGAGUGGAUAUGUAGAGAUGUUUGUAUUGUGAUCCUCUAUUUCUGUUGAGGAUUCUCUAUUUCUCUUAUGUCUCUUGUGAAUGUAUGGAUUUUUAUGUGGAUAGAAGUUUUCAUCCAAUGUACCUUGUUCUUCACAAGAAAUCACUUUCAAAAUUUGUAAUAUUUUGCAUGUUUCAAUGAAGGUUAUUGACACCAAUAUUGAAA